CUCUCUCUCUCACUCUCACCUCUCUUCGAUUUAACCGACGGCUUAAACUCUCCGGCGGUGGAGCUUCACUGUAACAAACGAAGAAAGAGAGAAGAUGGAGGAGACGCACGUUCUUGAGAUCAAUCUCAUCUCUGCGCAAGGACUUAAAGAACCGACGGGAAAGCUCCGGCGAUUGCAGACUUACGCAUCCGUCUGGGUUGAUUCUUCCAACAAGCUCCGGACUCGAAUUGAUCGGAUCGGCUCUGAGAAUCCGAUCUGGAACGACAAAUUCGUUUUCCAGGUCUCGCCGGAGUUUCUAUCUAGCGAAACUUCUGGCGUUUCAAUCGAGAUCUAUGCCGUUGGUUACUUGCGAGAUCAUCUGAUCGGAACUGUUCGCUUUCUCGUGAGUAACUUCCUCCCAACCGCCGCCGUGAAAGUUCCGUCUCUCGUCGCGCUUCAGAUCCGUCGUCCUUCUGGAAAAUUCCACGGCGUUCUUAACAUCGCGGCUAUGGUGAUGGAUGCUUCUGAACUUCCAGCUGGUUUCUUCAAGUCCGUUCAAGAAAUCCGUCGGAGUCGAAGAAUGAGAAAAUCGAGAUCUGCGGUUAGUUCGUCGGAGAACGGUUUCGCUGACGACGGCGAGAGUUCGAAAGAGAAUUCGGUUUGUGGUUCGGUUAAUUACUCCGACGACGGUACGGACUCGACGGCGUCUUCUCCGAUGCCGUCUCCUCUCAGAGACUGGAACGCUGUUCGAAAUUUGGCGGGAAAGAAUCACGUGAGAUCGUCAUCGGACGGCGGAGGAUUGAUGUGCUGUUUGAUUAUGGCAAAGUUUACGAGAAUGAUAACAGCCAUGGAGCUGAGGGCCACGGUGGAAAACCGAAUUCGAUACUCUACAAAACACAUUAAACACUUGCCACCUGGCACAAUCACUGAGUUUGAUUGGAAGGAUUACUGUCCCUUGGGUUUCGGACUUAUACAAGAACUUGAGGGUAUUGAUCAUGAUGAUUACUUGCUUUCCAUUUGCACUGAUGAGACUAUUAAGAAGCUUUCUUCUGGUAAAAUUGGAAACGUCUUUCAUAUUUCCAAUGAUAACCGUUUUCUCAUCAAGAUUCUUCGAAAAUCCGAAAUUAAGGUGGCACUAGAGAUGCUUCCCCGUUACUACCGACAUAUUAAUUAUCACAGAUCAUCACUAUUCACAAGGAUUUAUGGUAUUCAUGCUGUCAAGCCUGUUGGAGGUGUUAAGACAUAUUUUGCUGUCAUGUCAAACAUGCUACAUCCAACGGUCUUUAUGAACAAGCUCUAUGAUCUUAAAGGUUCUCCUAAAGGUCGAUCUAACAAGAAAAUUGAAGUCAGAAACACCACUGUUUUAAAGGACAUCGAUCUCGAUUUCUCUUUCUACGUUGAUCCAUUAGCGAGACAACGCAUCAUCAAGCAAACAAAGAUAGAUUGCGAGCUUUUGGAAGAAGAAGGUAUAAUGGAUUAUAGCUUAUUGGUUGGUUUACAAUCUAAAGGCUCAUGUCAAGGUUCACUUGAUGGAUUGAACCCGGUUUACGGUAGCUGCGCACCUCCAUGCUCGUUCAAAAGCGCUAGCACAAAGUCGAUGAAAACGGCUUCUAGUUCUCCUGAUAGAUCUUCUGUAACAAUGUAUUCAUGCUCUCCCGAUAGAGAUAUAGUCGAAUGCGAAAAGUCAAUGACUAUACAAUCAGUGACAAGCAAUAGCUCAGAAACAAGUCAGAUAAACAAAAAAAGCAUAGUAGCAGCAACACUCAGUGACUUCUUUCACAAUAGUUUUGGGAUGAAGAUUCCGGCCAAAGCACGGCGAGUGACGAGAGAGACCGGAGAAGAAGAAUGGUACGAUGUCGUUUUGUAUAUAGGGAUAAUAGACACAUUUCAAGACUAUGGUAUGAAGAAACGCAUAGAACAUUGUUACAAAUCCAUCCAACAUAACUCAAACUCAAUCUCGACCGUCCAUCCUAAGAUCUACUCUUCUAGAUUUCAAGACUUUGUCUCCAACAUCUUCUUACCUCACGAUGACGAUCUCUCUCUGAAAUAUUGAUUUUGUUUGUUAUUAUAGUUACGGUUUAAUUUCCAAGUGGAAUUAUUAGAGUGUUAAUUAGAGGUACUCUUCUUACGACCCAAGUUUGUGUUGGUGUUUGUUGUCCAAAAAAUCCUCUCUUUUCUUAUUUCAUUGUUGAUCGAUCAACAAUAUGUAGAGAAAUUCACAUGCAAUCUUUUCUUUCUUAAACUAAAGAAUUGCCAAUAAAAUUUCGAAAUCAUC